AUGGUUGAAUCGGAGAGAACGAAGCACACAUGUCUCCGACUUGAAAUCUCCGGCGCCGAUCCGAUUUUCGUCAAAGGCACUUGGCACCAUUCUCGUUUCGAUGUCUCCGUCACUGAUGGAUCCUCCUCUUGGAUUUGCAGUGCGACGGAGGAAGAGGUGGCGGAUCGAGCGGCGCAAUGGGACCAGCCUGUAUCGGAAUAUCUCCAGCUCGCCGAACGGUACUUAGGGUUUCAGCAGCCUGAUUCCGUUUACGGUUUCUCCGAUGCUCUUGAGGGAUGUAAACGGCUCUCUUGGACUUUUGAGAAGGAAGGGACUAAACUCGAGUGGCGGUGGAAAUGUAAACCAUCACAUGACAGUAAGAAGAUCACAGUGGGGAUCUUGGAUUUUCUUAUGCAGGCAAAUAUCAGGCUAAGUGAAGAAGUUGUGAACAAGACGAGAUCGUUUGAGAAGAUGAAAACUGAAGCUGAGAAAUGCCUAACGCAAGGUGAAAAACUCUGCAACGAAAAAAUGGAGUUUGAGAAUGAAACUUAUGCAAAGUUCCUUUCUGUGUUAAACGCUAAGAAGGCGAAACUCAGAGCACUAAGGGACAAAGACGAUUCAGGGAGAGCAGUUGAAGAGGAAGAGUCGACAGACAAAGCGGAAAGCUUUGAGAGUGGAAGAAGCGAUAAUGAGCAGAGCGAGGAAGAAGCCUCAAAGAAGGCAACGAGCAGUAAAGCCCGUGGUCGGAAGAGAGCUGCACGCAGCUAA